GGAAAUAACGCGUGUUUUGAGCUUGUGCGCUUGCCGUAGCUGAACCUGGGAUCGUUAGCGCUUCUGUUAGCGGUGUUUGCAUUGUGUACCACUCAUGUGGGAAGUGCUGUUUUAACACCUCCGAUUAUCUUGGAUGUUAUUGUUGUCUCAGUCAGUACAGUACCCACCGUGCACACAGAGCAAUCAUGAACUACUCAGAUUAUGACUCCGAAAAUUAUUCUUCAGAUGAAGAUGCGGACUAUGUGCCCUCCGAGGACAACCUGAGCGAAGAUGACAUGAACGAGUGUGAGAAGGAGGAGGGUCUGGACGCGGAGGACGCGGGUGCGGAGCGUUCCGAGGAGGUGAAGAAGAAGAGGAAGAAGAGCCGUGAAGACAUCGGGGUGAGAAAGAGGAAAAAAGGUGGACUGAAGCUGGAGGAGGAAGAGGAGGGCGGCGACAACCACAGAGAGGAGGAGGGGCAGGAGAAAGAGCAGGGUGUGGAGGAAGAUGAGGGACCGGCUCCACGGUCUCAGGAAGACAGAGAGAAGAAGAAAUCAGAUGAUCUGUGGGCCAGCUUCCUUAGUGACGUCGGGCCCAGACCCAAGCCCUCGGCCCCAGUACCUGCAGCAUGCAGCCCACAGCAGAGCAGAGAGGGAGAGAAGGCCAGCGUAACUCACUCAGGGCCCCUGCAAACAGAGCCUAAACCCAAGGAGCCCUCCAAGAUCACUAUAACUAAAGUGUUCGACUUUGCUGGCGAGGAAGUUCGGGUGACCAAAGAGGUGGAGGCUGACUCCAAGGAGGCGAAGAGCUUUCUGAAGAUGAAAGAGAAGGAGAAGGAGGAGGAGGAGGACGAGGAGGAGAAGGUGCUCCAUAGCAAGCCGGCCACACCCUCCCUGGCACCUGGACCCAGUGCGAAGAGGCCGGUGGGGCUAGGCAGCGUUCUGAACCGCAUCUCGGGGAAGAAGCAGAAGAUGAGCACGCUGGAGAAGUCUCGGCUGGACUGGGACGCCUUCAAAACCGAGGAGGGCAUCACGGACGAGCUGGCCACCCACAACCGCGGCAAAGAGGGAUACAUCGAGAGGAAGAACUUCCUGGAGAGGGUGGAUCACAGGCAGUUUGAGCUGGAGAAGAACUUGAGAUUGAGCAACAUGAAGCGGUGACACACACACACACACACACACACACACACACACAUGCGCGCGCACACACACACACAC